CGCCGCAGUCAGGGAGGGACAGGGACAAGGAGAGAGAGGGAGGGAGGGACAGGGAGAGAGAGGAGAGGGGAAAAGGGAUAUAAGAAUUGACCUCCAUAGCGGCACUCUUAUUCACAGAUCGAAACUCUCCAAUAUGACAAUAUCAUCAUCAUAAUAUCACCCUCAAAACUCGAACGGAGGGCGUGUUUAAGACACGCCAGCCAACUCGCCCGCUUGCGCUGAACGGGCAGAGAUAGCGGCAACAAUAAGCGAGGCAGGAGGAGGAGAAGGGAUUUCCAGACCCUUGGGAGAAGAAAGAAUGGGGGGAGAGGGUUCAGGGGAGGCGUUACAAUGCGUAGGGACGCUGGAGGUGAUGAAGCCGAAGCCCGUCGGUGGAUUCAUCUGCGGAACUCUCCACGUUCCCACUGACCAGUCUUUCCAUUCUGCUCUCGUCCCUUCCCCGGUCUCACAGAAGAAGGUGGUGGCGCCUCGAUACCGGCUGAUUCCGACGGAGACGGACCUCAAUGACCUCCCUCUGCUACCGAAUUUCCCCCACAAGGUCUUCGCCGGAUGCGACCGAGAGCUACAAUUGGGAAGUGGUCAGAUCAGUCAAAAUCUUGCAAGAAAAUGUGAGGCACUUGCUGUGUCUGGGCUUGCUGAGUAUGGAGAUGAAAUAGAUGUCAUAGCUCCUGCAGACAUAUUAAAGCAAAUCUUCAAGAUUCCUUACUCGAAGGCUCGGCUAUCUAUUGCAGUGCAUCGCAUUGGACAGACACUUGUUCUCAAUGCUGGUCCCGAUGUGGAAGAAGGAGAAAAGAUGUCUAGAAGAAAAAAGGACAAACCAAAAGCCAUGGACCCUUCCCUUUUCCUAAACUUUGCAAUGCAUUCUGUCAGAGCAGAGGCUUGUGAUUGCCCUCCUUCGCAGUUUAUGCCAUCUGAGGAAAGUCCAAGCCCUAGUAUCUUACCUGGACAGUUUAAACCUGGGGAAGGUUCUUGUGUUUCUUCAAGAACUUCUACAGACUAUGGUAACUCUGGAUUUCUUUAUGGGAAUGCUGCUGGUAGUCAGCAGACUGGCUUUGAUGGCCUUCCGGACUAUUCACAGGGAAACCAUGAUAAUACUAUUUGGGGCGACCAGCAGAAUAAGAGAUGUGAUGCCCUUGAGAAAGCUUCGAAAGUUGAUGAAACUGGCAGGUCUCCAGUACAUGAGCCAGAGAAGCAUAGAAGGCUCACUAAUGAUGCUUUUUUAAGAGUCCUUUUUUGGCAGUUCCAGAACUUUCGCAUGCUUCUGGGCAGUGACCUUCUUCUCUUUAGCAAUGAAAAAUAUGCUGCUGUGAGUUUGCAUUUGUGGGAUGUCAGUCGCCAGAUAACUCCACUAAUGUGGCUUGAAGCCUGGCUAGAUAAUGUGAUGGCUAGUGUCCCUGAAUUGGCCAUUUGUUAUCAUCGAAAUGGUGUAGUUCAGGGCUAUGAACUUCUAAAAACUGAGGAUGUAUUUCUACUGAAGGGCAUAUCAGAAGAUGGAACAACUACCUUUCAUCCUCAAGUUGUCCAACAAAAUGGUCUAUCUGUACUAAGGUUUCUCCAGGAUAAUUGUAAGCAUGAUCCUGGCUCUUACUGGCUGUUUAAAAGUGCUGGUGAGGACAUAAUUCAGCUUUUUGAUCUUUCUGUUAUACCAAAAAGCCAUGCAUCUGAUGACCAUGAUCAAGGGUGUAGCUCCCUUCCAACUUUUAUGAAUAAAGGGAGACAAGAUCCAUUUUUUUCACUUGGAACCCUUCUUUAUCGUCUUGCACAUAGACUAUCACUUUCGAAGGUGCAUGAUAAUAGAACAAAGUGUGCUAAACUGUUCAAAAAGUGCUUGGAGUUUCUGGAUAGCCGAGAGCAUCUGGUCAUUCGUGCAUAUGCACAUGAACAAUUUGCAAGGCUCAUUUUGAAUUGCCACAAGGAGCUUGAUUUGACAAUGGAACCUACACUGGAAUACGGAGCUACAGUAACUGACAUGGAAGAUGAGUCAUCAAAACUUUCUUCAGUAGCAUCUAAGUUAAUAAUUGAUGAUGAAUUACAAUCAUACUAUGUGGAUGGUAAUCUUUCAACCAAAGAAUCUGCAGUUCAUCAUGGUUCAACAUCAGACCUUUCUCAGGUGAACCUGGAAGCUGGUCUUACAGCAACACCUGAUUCAAGUAGAACUGAAAGUCUGGCCAUGUGUCAUGUCCCAGCAACUCAGCAAUUGUUUCAUGCCAUUUCUGAUCCAAUUUCUUCCAAAUUAGCUGCAAUUCAUCAUGUUUCUCAGGCUAUUAAGUCCCUUAGGUGGAAAAGACAGCUUCAAAAUGCUGAAGGGAAGUUGGAUGAUCAAGGCAGGGAGAUUCCAGACGUGGCUCCAGGUGUCCAUCAAUUUUCUAUAUGCACUUGUGGUGAAGCUGAUUGUAUUGAAGUCUGUGACAUACGUGAGUGGCUUCCUAGAUCAAAAAUGGACCAUAAGUUGUGGAAGCUUGUUCUUCUGCUUGGAGAGUCAUAUUUAGCUCUUGGAGAUUCAUAUAAAGAAGAUGGUCAAUUGCUUCAGACUCUAAAAGUCGUGGAAUUAGCAUGUUCUGUAUAUGGGUCUAUGCCUCCAUGUUUGGAUGACGUUCAGUUUGUCUCGUCCAUAGGAAGCAAGGCACAUAGUCGAGUAAGCUAUGAUGAUAUAAGAAAUGAACAGAACUCUUCCUUGUCAAGAACUGCAAAUAUCUCCAAAUGCAAUUCCGGUAGUAGUGGCCCUAGUAUUGAUCAGAGUAACUCCAAGUGUCUUUUCUGGGCCAAGGCUUGGAUGCUUGUUGGAGAUGUGUAUGUCGAAUACCAUAGGACGAAGGGCAUGGAAGAAUUAGAGCAACCACAAAGGCCUAUUCAUCAACCUGACCUGACUAUGCCAACAGAGGUUUUUAAAGAGGUCAAAAGGCUAAAGAAGAAGUUAGGUCAGUUCAAGCAAAAUUGUAGCAUGUGUUCUUUGAUGAAUUGCAGCUGCCAAAGUGACAGAGCAAGUAGUGGUAAUAGUGCAAGCUCCAGCACUGGAGAUGUAACUUCUUUUGCUUGUGGAAGGAAACUGAGUAGAAAAUCACAAGUUAGAAGCCCACAUCAAUCAUCUCAUGAGUCUUCAGAAAAUAGUUAUGGUUCCAGUUCCUAUCAAUCUGGUAUUUCAGAAGGUUUGCAUCUGCAGAGUGAAAAUAGAGAGGUGCCUAAUAGUAAUCCAUUUACUUCCGAGAGAAGCAAAGCAUCAUCAUUAUCCUUUGGCUCUGAUUUUGCUGCAUCUGGACAAGCCUCUCAUGUGCAGCCUGUAUCCUUUUCAGCUGGACACAAAAACAACGCGGGAACCAUGAAUCCUGAGUCUGCUGGGAUCGAAGAAUGUGGAGGAAUUUUUACAUAUUUAAGGGGGCCAAAAUUGGGAGAAGUUAAACAUAAUCUUUUGGCUGCUAUACAUUGCUAUGAUGCAUCAAGGGAGGCAAUAAGCGGCAUUUCGGCUGCUUCUCAAGAAAUACAGUCUGCAUCUAAAAAGAAGGGUUGGGUAUGCAAUGAAUUGGGUCGAUAUCUACUUGAUCAUGGGGACCUGGGAAAUGCUGAACUUGCUUUUUCAGAUGCAAUAACAGCCUUUAGAGAAGUUUCUGACUUGACUAACAUAAUAUUGAUCAACUGUAACUUAGGUCAUGGAAGAAGAGCAUUAGCUGAGGCUAUGGUGUCUAAGCUGGAUGAUCUCAGGAAAUAUGGUGUGCUGGGGAACACCUAUAAGCAAGUUGUAGAGAAUGCGAAAUCCGAGUACAGAGAGGCACUGAAAUAUUAUUGUGCAGCCAGGACAGAAUUAACAUAUUGCAAAGAAGCAUUGACAUCGGAAUUGUUGAGCCUCUCAAAUGAAGUCUGUACACAGUAUGCUCAUACUUAUUUGAGGCUUGGGAUGCUUUUGGCAAGAGAGGAUACAACUGCAGAGGUUUAUGGUAAUGCCAGUAUUACUGAUCUGCUGGUUGGUUGCAGCAGUAUCAGUGAACGGAAAACGUAUGGUAAGGAACCAAGAAAACGUGAAAUUUCAGCUAGUGAUGCUACUCGAGAAGCUAUAUCUACAUAUGAGUCACUGGGUGAAUUGCGUGCACAAGAAGCUGCUUUUGCAUAUUUUCAACUUGGUUCUUACCAUAGAGAUUGCUGUUUAAAGAUUUUAGAUGGAAUCACAAGUGCCAUAAAAAUCAGAUCUAAGUCUAACCAUCUGCAGAAGCUCAAAAGAUAUGCCUCUCUGGCGGAGAGGAGCUGGCAAAAGGCAAUUGAAUUUUAUGGUCCAAAAUCACAUCCUAUUAUGUACAUGAAAAUUCUCUUGGAGCGUUCCAAUCUAGCUUCAAGGUUAUCAAAUUCUAUUCAUCCAAGCAUGAUGUUGGAGACGGCAUUAAUGCAUCUGCUUGAAGGGCGACAUGUGGUUGUGGGAGAACCGAGUGAUGAUGUGGUAGAAAGUGACCUGACUGUGAUUUGUAAGACAUUUUUUGACCAGUUACAGUCAUUGCUGAAGAAGAUGUUAUCAAGUGCACUGGCUGGAAAUACCAAUAAAUCGACUGAUAUCCAUCAAGGUGUUCCUAACAGGGGUUGUGAUGUUAGGAAGCUCAAGGAGAUAUAUCGUAUGUCCCUUAAACCUGUUGGUGUAGCACAAUUGAAUGGAAUGUACGAGUUAUGGGCAUCCUGAGUCUCUGAAUUUUAUAUGUUAUCCAUUUGGACUGUCCCCAUGCACAAAUCACAUAAAUCAACAUCUUGUUUGGGGAUAGAACUGUUCGCUCUCUUGAAACUAUUGGCAGCCUGAUGUUUGCUUUGGUAGUGAAGCAGUUAUGAUGAUAGUAAAAGAGCUUGCUGUUUGGGAAACCUUCUGUUUUUACCAAGUGUUGCUGCAUCAGCUUGUGUAUGUGCUUAAGUUAAAUGGAAAUAAUGUAUAUUUCACGUUUC